UAUGAAUAUUAUAAUCAACCAAAUAUAUGGCAUAGAAAAAAACAAGCGUAUGCUAAAAGUGUAGCUACAUCAUCGAUCGUUGGAUAUAUUGUUGGUCUUGGUGAUCGUCAUGUACAAAAUAUUUUAAUUGAUACACAAACUGCUGAAGUUAUUCAUAUAGAUUUAGGUGUUGCUUUUGAUCAAGGAAAAAUGUUACCAAUUCCAGAAACUAUUCCAUUUCGAUUAACACGUGAUCUUAUUGAUGGUCUUGGUAUAUGUGGUACAGAAGGUCUUUUUAAAAAGAGUUGUGAAAUUACACUUCAACUGAUGCGCCAAUAUGCAGAUACAUUAAUUACUAUAAUUGAAGUAUUUCUUUAUGAUCCACUUUAUCAAUGGCAACUAUCACCACAAAAAGCUUUACAGCUUCAGCAACAAUUUGAUAAAACAAAUGCAGAUUCUAUAGCAUCAUCUUCUUCAUAUCGAUCUUCUGGAAAAGGAAGUAUGUUGCCACCACCUACUCCUUCACCUUCAUCUUCAGAAGCAAAUACUGGUGGACAAUCGAUUACAAUAGAUACAAACAAAAUGGCUGAACGACUUCUAUUAGGUCUGCGACAAAAAUUACAAGGUGUUGAACGUUUAAAUCAAAUGACAAUUAAAGCUCAUGUUAAUAUGUUAAUACAAGAAGCAAUAAGUAUAGAAAAUUUAUCUCAAUUAUUUGCUGGUUGGCAACCAUACUUGUAA